UCGUUGCUUCUGCGUCCAACGGCCACAUUUCAAACUAGAAUGGCGACCGCUGUCUGCGGUCUGCAGUCCAACGGCAGCAACAGUAAACCGGCGAAGAUUCACCGAGAACACCGGCGGAAAGCGAAGGAUUCAAAAAGGAGACAAGCGGCUCUGUUGUUCCUCAAUAAUAUCUCACUCGACGGUCGGCCCCAGUGUCAGCUUAGCGAUGGAAAUACCGACCAAAAACCCGCCGAAGAGCAGCGACUCAGGGACCGAGAAGGCGCCGCGGUCGUGCCCCUACCGGCGGACUGCCAAGGACCGGUCGCCGAGGUGACAGAGCCCGCGGCGGGGGGCAGCGGCUCGUCCUCCAGUGUUCCAGGGGUGGUCAGUCCCACCCGACUUUCUUUGGUAAUGUCUCCAGGACUUGCCGGGGCAAGUGCCGUGGGUGCCAACGAGGUAUUUUUGGAGGGUGUCAGUGCGGCCGAGACGCUAACCCCGGACACCCCCAUGUCCCCGGUGCCCACCGGACACCAGCCCUGCUCCCGUGUCAGGUCAACGCCCGCCGCACUGAGCCCGGUCCCGGCCGGUAAUUCUGUGGAUUCACGACCGAGGUUGAGGAAUGUCUCUGGAUCUCCUGGACCCAAGGUGCCAAAGAAAGUCCACUUCAUAAAGAGUAUGAGGCAGUAUGAUACCAGGGGAUGUAGGAUCGUGCUGAUUUGUGCCAAGCGGUCGCUAUAUGCUGCUUUCUCAGUGCUGCCCUAUGGAGAGAGUGCUCACCUCAGUGAUCCUAAGCUGGAGGCUCAGAGACAAAGGCUGUCUUCUGUGGUGGCUGUUGACCUGCUUCCUUGCCUGGAGGGCGUGGAGCUGGGAUCCUACGGAAAGACGGUGUCCUACGCUCAGUUCCUUUACCCGACCAAUGCCUUGGUGAGACAGAAGAGCGGCGGCGUGCCAGAGAACUGCACAGCUCAGACCCCUCAGUCACGUUUCCGUGGCAACGGGCAGAGGAACUUCACCCCUGCUCGUCUGAACAACAGUGUGCCGCAGGAACCAUGUAUGACGCCAAAAAAACAACAGACAACUCGUUCACUUCUCCACUGUUCAACCAAACCCAGAUUUUAUUACACGCUCUGUUAUAUUUUUUUCUUUUUGUGUGUUUCAGGUGUAGAGGAGGUGACGGAGUACGAUCCUAACCUGCUCAGCGACCCUCAGUGGCCCUGUGGGAAACACAAGAGGGUUCUGAUAUUUGCAUCAUAUGUGACGACUGUUAUUGAGUAUGUGAAACCAUCAGACCUGAAGAAAGACAUGAAUGAGACUUUCAAGGAGAAGUUUCCUCACAUCAAGCUGACUCUGAGCAAGAUAAGAAGCCUGAAGAGGGAUAUGCGGGCCGUGAGCGAGGAGUUCGGUCUGCAGCCGGUCACCACAGCGAUGGCUUUUGUUUACUUUGAGAAGCUCGUGCUGCAAGGUCGCCUCAACAAGCAGAACAGGAAGCUGGUGGCAGCAGCGUGCGUGCUGCUGGCUGCAAAGAUCAGCAGUGAUCUGAGGAAGCCAGAAGUCAAACAGCUCAUUGAUAAGCUGGAGGAGCGUUUUCGUAUAAACAGACGAGAGUUGAUUCCUCUGGAGUUCCCGGUGCUGGUUGCCUUGGAGAUGGGACUUUACCUCCCCGAGAGCAAGGUCAUGCCGCACUACCGCCGGCUGGUGCAGCAGGGUUAAGACUGGAUGCGGUGAUGUCUGACACUCCGGCGUUUUCAUUAAUAACAUCAGCGUGUGUGCGUGCGUGUGCGUGUGCGUGUGCGGUGUGUGUGUGUGUGUGUGUGUGUGUGUGCGUGUGCCAGUAAAUAAGCUGUGGUGUUUGAAACAGAUGAUUCUGGUACUAUUUAUUUCCUGUCAGUCGUGACUCGAGUCACCAACUGUAUAUGAUGAAUAACUAGUUUACACUCGUUGGCAUGUAUGUGUCUCCCUGAAUGUCUUUUUAAGCGUUUGUACGUGUGACGUUCUGAUGUCGAUCCAGUGAUGAGCUCUACGUUAGAGAUGUUCAAUGAGCACGUUAAUUGUGCUUUUAUUUUGGUGUCUCGUGACCCUUUUUUCGGUAUGUCCUGUUUAUUUUUCACCUCCUAUUUAAAUGAAAUGUAACACUGUGAUGUUUUGUUUGUGGAAAAAACUCUUCUCCUGCACCUUUUUCUCAUUACUAUACACCGUCUGUAUAGUAUUUAUUAUAAAAUAUAAAGAACCAUGCUGUUGAUUUUUUUGUAAAUGCCUUUUUAAAUCCACUGUGACAUUGCAGCAUUUUUAGCCAUUAACCUGAAACAUGAUACUGUAGAUUGUGGGUGAUUCUUUUAGUUGUAGUCUGUUAUUACAGGAGGAAGUGGCCUUUUAAUUUAUGUUAAUUCAAUAUUUAUACGUCACAUAUUGUUCUUGAAUAGAAAGAAAAUAUAAAUUCACACUCUUGUGGCAGCUCUGUGUUCAGACUGAUAUACAGUAUAACCACUGUGGUGUCACAUUUAAGUAAAUUGUUGUUUCAUGUCGUUACCCAGGGAUAUGUUGUUUUUUUUUUUUGGUAAAAUGCACUGGAAUUUAUUCCUCAAUAGUCUGGCUAGUUGUUGUCGUACUUUUCAGUUCUCAGGAAUUUUACUUUCUCAUAUCUUUUGAAUGGCUCAGAAACUCUAACCCAAAGAGAAGUUUAAAAGUUGUUACUGUAGCUCUAUCACUAAAAUCACCUUUGCUCCAUUAUAGGUCAAUGGAAGGUGAACUGAUUGUAGUGCUUCAACAGAACAAGAUAUCCAACCAUUGUGACUCUUUUUAAGUAUGUGAACAGAUGUUAUGUUGAGUUGCUUCUACGAGUGCUAGACGGUAUUAAUCUGACUGCAGCACUCAUUGUGUAGUAACUCUUCUGAUUUGGAGGCCAUUACGUGUACAAGUAUGGAAGAAGAAGAAAAAAAAAAGUGCCUAAAAAUGCAGUGGCGGUGAAACGGUUAACCAUCUAAUCAUGUGUGAUAUUUAGCGUUUGACAUUUUGUACGUCUUGCUGCUGUAGAGAAUCUUUUUAAAAUGUUGAGGUUGUUCUUGUCUGGGGAAGAUAAUGGACAUGAUGGUGAUUCAGUCUGUGUCUGCAGUGGUGAAAAAUGUAUUACAAUAAACGUCCAAACAAUGUGUGUAACCGCAGAAAAUGUUCUACUUGUAUGGUCGGUGUCAAAUGCGUGAAUAUUCAUUGUUUUCAUACUGUAAAAUGAAUGUUUUUGAAAUAUAUUUUCAGACACUGAAAA